CGUUGCCUAGCAACAGCACAUUCCUAGCGGCUGCUUGUUGUUCUAUGAAUUCCUCUAAUAUCACUAACACAGUAAAUAUGCAGGUAAAAGACAUAAAUCCGAUGGCAGUGAAAACAAAUUCUGAUAUGGCUAACAGAGCCGAUACUCCGGACAAAGAACAUUGUUUGUAUUUGACCCAGAUUCGGGUUCUGGACGAACAGUUGGAGAGAUUUCAGCUUCGAUGUGACGAAAUAAAGAAACAGAACAAAGACAUCGUCUUGAAGUCCAGUGCUCUGCAGAAGGACAUGUACGAUAUUCUGGAAUACCUGCAGCACUUUCUAACUGAGUUGGAGAAAGAGGAGAAGGAGCUGAUGGAGCCGAUGGAGAAACAGCUGGAGGAUGACAGAAAGGAGAAAAAGGCCUUGGAGCUGCUGGUCAGUCAGGAGAAGCAGGAGCUGCAGGAGGAGUCAGACAAACUGAGCUCAGGGAGCGACAUGCAGGCUGCCAGGUUAGAAGAUCAGAAGGUGCAGCUCAUCCAUCUGGAGCAGCAGAUGCUGAUGCAGAAGUCUUUGGACCAGAAGCUGAAACAUCUGGAUGAUCAACACAGCGCUAUGGUCAUGAAACUAUACACAGAGCAGAGAGACGUAGUCGAGGAGAAAAAGAAGACUGUGAUGAGCAGCAUUAAGCUGAAGGUCUCAGCCAUGAUUGAGGAGGAGACAGCAGAGCACAGAAAGAUGCUGAUGGAGGUCACGUCUCUCUCAGAGAAGAGCUACCUGCUUCAGUGUAGCAAAACAUUGGAGCAGAACAGAGUGAAGAGUCUUUGUCGAACAGUGAUUAAGUUGAGGAUCAUGACCUACAAAUUGAGCCGAAAAAUCUUCAGCCUGAGGAAGGAAUUAGUGAUGCUGGCGAAGAGAUGCAAACUGCUGACGGGUCACAUAGAGGAGCUGCAGAGCUCCACUGAGAGCCUCCAGGCUUACAAAGAGGCCUACAGACAGUGCCUGACCUCAGUGUCCGAGGAAUGUCGCCAGAGAGCGUCCGUCGCCGUUCUGCUGGAGGAACGCCUGCAGAGGGAGAGGAGCUGGGUGAGGAAGCUGGAAGGAGACCUGAGGAGAGCCACCUCUGUCCUCACAGCCAUCGCUACGGACCCAAAGAAGAUCCCAGGAGCUCAGGUGAAGAUGCACAAACUUCUGCAGGUCCUGGACACCAGUGAGCUGCAGGAAAGAGGGAGCAGCCUCAGUGAGUCCUCUGGGAGUAUCAGUGGAGAACUGAAACCACAGACCCCAGAGGUGGAAGCUGCCAGCACAGACACGGAGAACAUCUCCAAGGAUCCUCUGUUCCUGAUGGCCAAACUCAGACCAGGGGACCUCUGGCUUGUUCCUGGACCCACAUGGGAGCCCAGAGGUGCUGCUCCGUCCCUCAGCAGCCAGGCGCCUGGAAGAAGAGUGAAACUGCCUCCAAUCAAGCAGAGUCUUUGGCAAACAGCGCUGAGGGAAUGGAUGGGAUGAUCUGCAGGCCUCACUUCUGCACCAAGGAGUUUCUUUCUUAGUUAAGAUCUCAUCACUUAAAACAGAAACAAUUUCUUCUCAAACCCAAGUCAAAAAACAUCAACAUCAAGGAAACGGAAUAAAAAAAGGUUGAUUUUGCACCA